AUUCUACAACCUUCUACACUUUUUUCCUUGUUAUCUCCGCUACCACUCUACUCUCUCAACUACUUUAUCUUCUUUCUUCAGCACCCAUGGCCAAGGUCAAGAUCGGAAUCAACGGAUUCGGAAGAAUCGGACGUUUGGUUGCUAGAGUGGCUUUGAAGAGAGAUGAUGUUGAACUCGUUGCAGUUAACGAUCCCUUCAUUACUACCGAUUACAUGACAUACAUGUUUAAGUAUGACAGUGUUCACGGACAAUGGAAAAACGAUGAGCUCACUGUGAAGGACUCUAACACCCUUCUCUUCGGUGAGAAGCCAGUUACUGUCUUUGCACACAGGAACCCAGAGGAGAUCCCAUGGGCCAGCACUGGUGCUGAUAUUAUUGUUGAGUCCACCGGUGUUUUUACCGAUAAGGACAAGGCUGCUGCCCAUUUGAAGGGUGGUGCCAAGAAGGUCAUUAUUUCUGCUCCCAGUAAAGAUGCUCCCAUGUUUGUUGUUGGUGUUAACGAGCAUGAAUACAAGCCAGAGUUCGACAUUGUUUCCAACGCUAGUUGUACCACCAACUGCCUUGCCCCACUUGCUAAGGUUAUCAAUGACAGGUUUGGCAUUGUUGAGGGUUUGAUGACCACCGUCCAUUCCAUCACUGCCACUCAGAAGACUGUUGAUGGGCCAUCAGCCAAAGACUGGAGAGGUGGAAGAGCUGCCUCAUUUAACAUCAUUCCUAGCAGUACCGGAGCUGCUAAGGCUGUUGGCAAAGUGCUUCCUGUUUUGAAUGGAAAAUUGACCGGAAUGGCAUUCCGUGUCCCAACUGUUGAUGUCUCAGUUGUUGACCUUACAGUGAAGCUUGAGAAGGCCGCUACCUACGACGAAAUCAAGGCUGCUAUCAAGGAGGAGUCUGAGGGCAAGUUGAAAGGCAUUCUCGGAUACACUGAAGAUGAUGUGGUCUCCACCGACUUCAUUGGUGAUACUAGGUCAAGUAUCUUUGAUGCCAAGGCUGGAAUUGCCUUAAAUGACCGGUUUGUUAAGCUUGUCUCAUGGUAUGACAACGAGUUGGGCUACAGUACCCGUGUCGUUGACCUCAUUGUUCACAUUGCCAAGCAACUCUAAGGUGUUUAGGUGGUAGUUCUAUAAAGUUGCCUGCUUAUGUUUCUUACCUUCUAUUAGCCUAGCAGUAGUUAGGCCUCUUUUUAAUGUAAUAAAUUGAUUUCCUGAACUCAUGGAGUUUGCCCCUUAUGGAGCGUUAGUUUUUUUGGUUGCUUAAUACAUUGAGCAAUGAGCUGUUUUGGAUUUUUGUGUAUUUACUGAUGUGAUUGGUUUCAUUUCUGUUAAUAAACGAUUUUCUUAAGGGAACAGUAAAUUAAAACAUGCCAAGCAUAAAAU